AUGGGUGUGAAGAGAUGUUGGAAGUUUUCGCGCUUGGAGGGGAAAAAAUUGGGCAUUUUGCCAAGAGUUCUAUUGAGUUUAGGGUUUUGGUUUGCGAUUUUUCAGUCGGUAAAUGGCCUGAGGCCUCUGCGGGAGAGAGCUCGUUCUUGGGGCGAUGAGUGGCUUUUUGUAAGGAAAGAUGAGAAUGAUUUGGGUCCGUUUUCUGCUUGGAACAUUACAGGAACCUAUAGAGGGUCUUGGAGGUUCCUAGAUUCCACAAAUAGCUCUUCCAGGUUUCCAGAUUUUAGGAAAUCAAAUGGCAAUUCUAUCUUGGAAUUGAUUACUACUCCAACAAAAAUAACUGGUGUACAUUAUGUUCAGGGAGUAAUCAUUUUUCAUGAUGUGUUUGACAAUGAACAUGAAUUUGGCGGUGCUAAAAUAAGGGUAGAAGGUGUGUACAUAUGGCCUUUUAGGCAACUUCGAAUGGUAGCCAACAGUGGAAAAGAGGGAGAGUUAAGCCAGGAAGAUGAUUAUAUAUUAUCCAAUCCGUAUCACUUGCUUGGAGUUUUCUCAUCCCAGGUGUUCCAGGAGUCUCCUCGAGACAAGCAUUGGAAGCGGAAGCAUUCACCAAUGUAUGACAUGGAGAAACAUUGUAAUAUUGAGAUUGCAGCUCAAAUUUCACGUGUCUCUCCUGCUCAAACGGAUGGAGAUCGCGAUCGUUAUCAUAUUGAAGGAUUAAUGGAAAGCCCAUCAGUGGAUGAUGAAGGAGAUUGCUUCUCACCCAUGCUAUUAAAUGCUUCUUCUGUCAAUAUUGAGGUUUACUACAACAAAGCAGUUAACUACACCUUGAUGGUCACAUUUGUUUCUUUUCUUCAAGUUCUUCUGUUAAUUCGCCAAAUGGAACACAGCAAUACACAGUCGGGGGCUGCCAAAGUUUCAAUUUUGAUGAUUGGACAACAGGCUAUCAUGGAUGCUUAUCUUUGCCUUUUACAUUUGACUGCAGGGAUAUUAGUUGAAUCCCUAUUUAAUGCCUUUGCAACUGCUGCAUUUUUCAAGUUCGUUGUCUUCUCGAUCUUUGAGAUGAGGUAUCUUCUUGCUAUAUGGAAGGCGAGCAGGCCCAUGAGCAGUGGAGAGGGUUGGGAAGCAAUGAGGCGUGAACUUUCAGUUCUUUACAGCCGCUUCUAUGGGAUCCUGUUAGGUGGAAUUUUGGUCAUGUAUGAGUUCCAUAAAUUUCUGCGACUCAUUCUUCUCCUUAUGCACUCCUUUUGGAUGCCUCAAAUCAUAACUAAUGUUGUUCGUGACUCAAGAAAGCCGUUACAUCCUCAUUACAUCAUAGGAAUGACUGUCACUCGGCUAGCAAUUCCGCUAUACGUCUUUGGUUGUCCUCACAAUUUCAUGCGUAUUGAGCCUGACAAAAAUUGGUGUAUUUGCUUGGGUGUUUUUAUGGGUUUCCAAGCAUCAAUUCUUCUUCUACAGCACUAUCUUGGAUCGCGGUGGUUCAUUCCUCGGCAGAUUUUACCUGAGAAAUACAGUUAUUAUAGAAGGCUUGAUCUGGAUACAAAUCAUGCCACCGACUGUGUCAUUUGCAUGACUGCCAUUGAUCUCACACAACGUUCGAAUGACUGCAUGGUGACACCAUGUGAUCAUUUCUUUCAUGCUGGUUGCUUACAAAGAUGGAUGGAUAUAAAGAUGGAGUGUCCAACCUGCCGGCGUCCUCUUCCACCAGCUUGA